AUGCCGUCGGCGGAAGUCUCUUCCUCCACCUCGCACCCCAAGGAAUCCAGAUCCGGUCGGGAUGAACUCGCCCACUACAAAGCUCAGUAUGAGCAGUUGGAGUCCGAGUUGGCCGAUUUCCAGGCCUCCAGCCGCGAGCUGGAGACGGAGCUGGAGAAGGACAUUGAGGCCUCGGAGAAGCGAGAGCGGAAGUUGAAGGAGAGACUGGACAAGCUGACUUACGAGGUCGACGAGUGGAAGACCAAGUACAAGCAGUCCAAGUCCGAGGGCGGCGCCGCCCAGAAUGCCCUACAGAAAGAGAUCACUACCCUACGAGACACCACCCGCUCUCUGCAGCUGAAGCUGCGCGAUAUUGAAGUCACCAACGAUGAUUAUGAACGACAGGCUCGCCAUACGACUUCAUCCCUGGAGGAUCUGGAGUCCAAGUACAACAUCGCUAUCGAGAGGGGGGUUCUGCUAGAGGAGGAGAUCAAGAAUGGCGACAAAGAGCGCGAAUCCCUGCGCAUCGAAAACCAACGUCUUCGCGACGAACUCUCCGAAGUCAGGAUCGAGACCGACAUUGUCCAGGAGAGGCUCCGGAAUGCCGAAUGGCACGGUGGUGGUCGACGCAGGAAACCGACUCCCUUGCACCGCACGCCGUCCACCCCCCAGACUCCGGAGAUCUUCGAUCGGUCGCCGGCCACCUCGACCGUCUCCUCGCCCUUGUUCCAUACACCCCCCAUGAAAGCGUCGCUGGCCUCGGUCGCGGCGACGCCCCCCUCCCCACCCAUGUCGGAGACGAGCAGCAUGCGCAAGUCCAUCAACGCCGUCCCCGGGUUCCCCCGCCAGAAGGCCUCAGGAUCCGAAUCGUUCGGCACCCGCUCCCUCCACGGGCCCCGCACCCAGCGGUAUCAACCCCAUUCCCGUGCGACAUCCGUGGCGUACAGCAAUGGCUGGUCCACGCCGUCGGUGACCUCCCGCCCCAGCUUGACCAAGCCGAACAACGGCCCGGCCCAACGACCGUCCGCGCUUCCCAAAUCGGGUUCCCUCUGUCAGAUCCGCGGCCUCAUCGGCAAGAUGCAGAAGCUCGAGGAACGCGUGCAGUCCGCCAAGUCGAAGCUGCCGCCCCCGUCGGACUCGCCGUCCCGGGGCUCGUCUCGCGCCGGGUCGCGUUCCGGAUCGAUCCUGGGCAGCAGCCCGAUGGCGUCGACCAUCACCCCGCGCGGCGGCGAGGCCCGCCAACGCCUGAGUAGCAGCAGCUUCAGCUCGUCGCUCCGGGAUGGCGACAGCGUGCCGUCCUACCUCCCGCACCGUCCCUCCUUCAGCCAACGGACCCAGGGCGAUAGCCGACCGAGCAGCCGCACGAGUUUCUCCAGCUCCUUCAGCCAGAGUACCCACCCGAGCGUGGCCCCCUCGUCGACCCGGCCGGAAAGUCGCCAGAGUCGCACCAAAACGCCUCUCGGGCAUUAUUCGACCAACCCGACCACGGAAAGCCGGCGGCCGCGGUCGUCGCUCAGCAACCCCUCCGCGCAGGGGGCCCCGGUCAACGGCAUGUCCCACAUCGACGAGGAUGAGGAUCUCGCCAUGCACAUGUCCGUGCGCGCGAAGAUCAGUGAGGCGCGCCAGACCCGUCUGCCAUCCAUCCCCACCCCGAACGGGGUGAAGAAACGGACGCCCAGCAACAUGUCGGCCAUCCCCACGCCUCGUACUCUCCGGACGAGUGGCGAAAUCGAUCGUCGGGAAAACAUGGGACCCUCCAAUCACAAAGCGACCCCCAGUGAUCUGGGCGAGACGUUUUAA